GCCCCGAAUUACGGGACGCAAUCACAAACUAUUGUUUUUUUAUGACUCAUGGAAGUUUGCCCCAUUCGUCACUAUCACAUGAGUUUAGAAAGCCUGUUGUCCUAGCUGGAUAGCUUUAAAGGCGUCAUGGACAGAAUGGAUACCUAUAAACAACUUAUUUUUGGGGCAAAGCCGAAAUGGACAGCGAUUCUGACAGCCACAGCAUGCGGUGCAAGUGCCUUGGUUCUUUUGCUGAAAUGGUUCGAACACCACCAGUCGUGGAAGAAAAUUCAGAGGGCAAAAGUGCGAAGAGAAAAGUCGCUGCAACGAGCUGAGCAUGCUGUCUGUCAGUUCAAAGAAUCGCACCCUGAAACAGACACCUCUCUCAUCCUCUCUCUGGCCCUGGCUGAGCUGUCCAAACAACUGAAGGAUGGAACACUAACUCCACAAGCUGUGUUCCACUCAUACAUGGAAAAGACCUUGGAGGUCAAUAGGAGACUGAACUGUUGCACUGAGGUCCUGCUGGAAAGUUGGGAUCAGCUGGAGGAUAUUGACUCUUGCAAAGAUGGUCUCCUUUAUGGGGUCCCUGUCAGCAUCAAGGAAAAUAUGGGAUACAAGGGUCAUGACUCUACGUGUGGCGUGAUCUGUAAGUUGGAGCUGCCUGCCACAGGGGACAGUGUGGUGGUUGAAGUGCUGAAGAGACAAGGCGCCAUUCCCUUCGUCAAGACCAAUGUGCCCCAAGGCCUGCAAAACUAUGACUGUGGUAACCCCAUCUAUGGGCGGACUCUGAACCCCCACAGCCCCCAGAAAACGCCAGGGGGCUCGUCGGGCGGGGAAGGGGCGCUGAUUGGAGGAGGGGGCUCGGUUCUGGGCAUAGGGUCCGACAUCGGGGGCAGCAUCCGCAUCCCAUCAUCCUUCUGUGGGAUCUGUGGCUUCAAGCCCACAUCCAACAGGCUGAGUUUGCGAGGUGCUAGCUCCUGUACCCGGGGCCAAAAGUCAGUGCUGUCGUCCCUUGGGCCCAUGGCGAGAGACGUGGACAGCCUGGCUCUCUGUAUGCAGGCUCUGCUCUGGGACCACAUGUUCACCCUGGACCCCAUGGUACCACCCAUCCCAUUCAACCAACAGGUAUACCAGAGCUCCAAGCCCCUGAGGAUCGGUUACUAUGAGAACGACGGCUACACUAUGCCCUCUCCAAGCAUGGGCCGAGCCCUGAGGGAGACCAAGGCGUUGUUGGAGAGAGCAGGGCACACGGUGAGUAACCCCCAGCCCAAAUCUGAUCUAUUUGUCAUAAUCCAGAUCAGAGCUUGGUUGAACACUUUUAUCAGACACAUAACUCUGUUUGUGUGUUAUUUCAGGAAAGGGGGGCCAGUCGACCCGUGUCUGAGGGUUCAGAUUAUCCCCUACCGUCUGCCUCGCACUGUGAAGAAAAUCCUCUCCAUUCUCCUCAAGCCUAUAUUUCCCCGCAUCGCUGCCGCUAUGGAGAGCCUGCGUGGAGUUGGCUCUGUGCAAGACCUGUGGAGGCAGCAUGCGGAUGUGGAGGACUACAUGCAUGAGGUGAUUGCAGAGUGGAGGAGGUGUGAGCUGGAUGUGCUGCUGUGUCCCAUGAUGGGUCCAGCCUACAACCACAACUACCCUGGCAAACUCACCAGUGCAGUCACCUACACCAUUCUCUACAAUCUCCUUAACUUUCCUGCUGGAGUGGUUCCUGUCUCCACGGUAACAGCAGAGGAUGAGGAAGAACUCCGGCACUACAAGGGCAACUAUGGGGACCUCUGGGACAAGCUCUACAAAAAGGCAGUGACUGGUGGAGAGGGGCUUCCUGUGGCCGUCCAGUGUGUCGCCCUGCCCUGGCAGGAUGAGCUCUGUCUGCGCUUCAUGAGAGAGGUGGAGAUGCUGGUCAGACGAAGAGACGAAGAAAUGAGAGAGGGAUGAAGAGAGUGAUGGAGUGUACAGUACCAGUCAAAGAGUUUGGACAAAACUACUCAUUCGAGGGUUUUUCUUUAUUUUUACUAUUUUCUACAUUGUAGAAUAAUAGUGAAGACAUCAAAACUAUGAAAUAACACA